UGUGGCUAUAAAGCCGGCCCUCGGCGGUGCGUUCCACCACGCUUUUGCCAAGUGCUUGCUUUUUGUUCUGCUACUGUGUACGGAGUCCAGUUGUCGGUUAUUAACGCUAUGGAUCCCAACUGCUCCUGCGGUACAGGUGGUUCCUGCACGUGCGCUGGCUCCUGCAAAUGCAAAGAAUGCAAAUGCAGUUCCUGCAAAAAGAGCUGUUGCUCCUGUUGCCCGGUGGGCUGUGCCAAGUGCGCCCAGGGCUGCAUUUGCAAAGGGGCGUCGGACAAGUGCAGCUGCUGUGCCUGAUCCUAGGGAGCCUGUUUCCGAUGUAAAUAGAGCGACGUGUGCAAACCUACAGUGUUUCUUGGUGCUUUUUGUUUUGGAUACAACCCUGACCAGUUUGCUACAUUCCUUGUUGUUUUUCCUUAUAAAAUACGUGAAUUACAUAAUAAAAGCUGUGGACUUAUAUUC